GGUCUCCCGACAGGCCCUGCGCGUCUCACCCGCCAGCUUUUGCCUGAACCUACAAGCAUCCGAGAUGAAGAACCCGGAGGAAGCUGGGGACGAUAAACAGCGUAUUCACCUGCGCCCUGGCUCACUGCGUGGCGCCGCACCAGCUAAGCUGCACCUCCUGCCAUGUGACGUUCUGGUCAGCCGGCCCGCCCCGGUUGAACGCUUCUUCACGCCCGCCGUCCGCCACGGUGCAGACGGACUGCAGGUGUCGUUUCGCGGUCGUGGCCUGCGGGGCGAAGAUGUAGCUGUCCCGCCAGGGUUUGCGGGAUUCGUGAUGGUGACAGAAGAGAUGGGAGAGGGGCUGAUAGGGAAGCUGAACUUCUCAGGGGACGCGGAGGACAAAGCGGACGAGGCACAGGAGCCGCUGGAGCGGGACUUUGACCGCUUUAUCGGAGCCACCGGCAGCUUCAGUCACUUCACCUUGUGGGGUCUGGAAACGGUCCCUGGUCCAGAUGCCAAAGUGCAUAGGGCCCUAGGUUGGCCCAGCCUUGCUGCAGCGGUACGUAUACUCAAGGGCUCUUUUCCCCUCAGGCUUGGUCGCACUUAGCACUAGCUUUGAAUCGUGUCUCUAGUAUUUGGGGUUCUAGGGGCAAAUAAGCACCACAGGGAUCAUGGCUCCAGAGGUCCAGACUAGGGACUGGUGGGAGGCAUUCCCCACUUUUCUCUUAGAAGGGGCUGUCACCCUGAGCAGCUGGGUUCCCACCCAACUGCUGUGUAUUAUAAAUCACAAAGCAGAAGUGACUCCUGUUGCAGAUUCACGCACAGGUGCCAGAGGACUGAGAGCCAGAGCAUGAAAAUGAAAGUCACAGAGCCCUUCACACCACUUUGGAGCCACUGUUUCUAUCCCAAUAAAUGAGAUCUUCACAACA